CAGGAAGCGAGGGGAAGGCCGGGGCAGGGAGGGCUCGUCCUAACCCAGCCCCUGCUCAGCUGCCGGGUUGAGGCUGCUGCGUUUGUAGCCGCGCUCUGUGCGCGGCCCCGUCCCGGCCUGCGCCCGGAGUCACGGGCGGGCGAGCCUCGUCCUUCCCGGCGGCUUCAGGCCCGGGGCAGGUACCUCGUGAGCAGGCGAGGGAGAGCCGGGGACAGGCCGGCCCGCUCCCGCGCAGUGUCCCUGCCCUGUCCGGGCCCUGUCGGUGACGCAGCAAGGACCGGCCGCCUGCGCCGGGCGCGGGUCGCUGCUCUUCCCCCGGGCGGUCCCUGGCCCACGAUCGGGCUCCCCUGGGGAAGCGGCACCCGACACAAGCAAAUGCUUUCGUCCCCCGCGGGGGCAGGGAUCGCAGGACCCCGCUGACCUGGGCCAGAGGCGGCACUGCCUGACACUUGUUUGUAAGCUUGAAAUGUUUCUAUGAGCCGCAGCCCGAGCUGCGGUAAGUCCGGCGCAUGAAAGUAUGGACGUUUGUGAGACAGUCUCCGCAUAAUGAUGUACAGCAGCGGAUCACAUGUAUCGCUAGGGUAAAGAUCAGCAGCGUGGCACAAGUCACCCGUGUGGCCACGCUUUCGAUGUGCCUUUGCUUAGCGCGCUCCGGUCUGGAAGCGAUCGUUUCGGGCUGUGUCCGGCUCGCACGCUUGGUGCGGGCAUCCGCGCGGCUCGGUAAACCUGAUCACUCGGGUGUGAAACCCUACGAAACAGAAGGGCUGCUUUUAAGAGCUGCUAGAUACUAUCAUUCAAAUUAACUUUCAGGAAAUCUCAGGCUUCCCUGACCCGUGGGAUGCUGCAAACGUGAUUUGCUUACAUCGGAUGCUGCCUACCCCGUGUUUGUAGUGAUACGUUUCUCGCCCCAGCCCUUACCCUCAUCUCUUGUCCCCAAGCCCUGCCUUUCAGUGCCGGCCCCUACAUUUGUGCUAUUUUGUCCAUUCCAACUUGACCCAACUUAGGUGUUUAAAACGGGGAUGACGAAACCAGGAGAAAGGGCGGAGGGCUCCGUGCAACACCGGCGAGGCUGUCCAUCGCACCUCGUCUCCCUGCCUCCGCAGACCGCUCCCCGCAUCUCCCGCACAGUAUUUACUACCCUCAGCUGUGCCCAGCGCAGCCCCGCCUCCGCCCCGACAUUGGCUCCUAACACGGAAGGCCUGAACGGUCCUGCAGGUUUUAUUUGCAGCAGUGAGUGUGUGUCGCCUGAUGGACAUGUCGGGUGCCUCCAAUGGCAGCAAGCACAGGCUGGCUCUGGCAGCCCCGCAGCCCGCGGUAUAAAAGCAGGAACAGGCAGGCUGCCGCUUCAUUCUGAGCUCAGGCAGCUGCUCGGAGAGGAAGGCAGGCGGGCACAUUUCAGAGUGCUGUGCGCUGCAAACCAGCCUCUCAGCAUGAAAGCUUUCAGUCCUGUGAGAUCGGUCAGGAAAAGCAGCCUCUCGGAACACAACCUGGGCAUAUCCCGGAGCAAGACCCCCGUGGAUGAUCCUAUGAGUUUGCUUUACAACAUGAACGACUGCUACUCCAAACUGAAAGAGCUCGUGCCCAGCAUCCCCCAGAACAAGAAAGUGAGCAAGAUGGAAAUCCUGCAGCACGUUAUUGACUACAUCCUAGACCUGCAGAUAGCUUUAGACUCGCAUCCUAGCAUUGUCAGCCUCCAUCAUCAGAGACCAGGACAAAAUUCUUCCUCCAGAACUCCUCUGACCACCCUAAAUACAGACAUCAGCAUCCUGUCAUUACAGGCAUCUGAAUUCCCCUCAGAGCUAAUGUCAAAUGACAGCAAAGCACUUUGUGGCUAAGUAAAAUGGUGUUUGCUUUUUUUUUCUUUUUUUUCUUUUUUUUUUUUUUUUUGCACAAGAAAAUGUCUACAGGAUUUUUUUUUUUGGAAGGUGCUGAACUUAUUUUUCAGCUGUAUUUGGAGGGGGAAUCUACAUCUUAAUUAAAUGAACCUUUUAAAAACUAAUAAAGAAGAAAAAUAGAGCUUGAUCUCUACUCCUCAACCAAUUCUCCAACUUGGACUGAACUUAUUUAUGAAGAGACUUUUAAAUGCCCUUUCCCUAGUUGGAAGGCUUCCUUUAUAUACUAUUCCCAAUAUGGGGAGCGAAACCUUAAAAAAACAAACAAAAAAAACAACAAAAAAAACAACCCUCACAAGGAAUUGUCCAUUUUAAAGCAGACUUUGCCUUUUCUUUCCAAAGGUGGAGCGUGAGUACCAGAAGGAACCAGUGUUCAGUUUCUUAGUGAAGUUUAUGGUCAAAAAUUACUUUUUUGACAAAAGUCUAGGACUGAAUACUGUGUAUAUAUUUAUAUAUAAAUAUAUAUAUAUAUGAGAGUGAAACCUUGUGAACUCUUUAAUUAGAGUUUUCUUGUAUAGUGACAGAAAUGUACAUUUCUGCAAAAAGUGUAAUGAUGUACUUAAUCAUGCUAAACUUUUUAUAAAAGUUUAGUUGUAAACUUAACCCUUUUUAUACAAAAUAAAUCAAAUGUGUUUAUU